CAUGUGCAGGGCGGAGCUUCACGCGUAACAUAACAUUGAGAGCGCAUCUAGUUUGGUUCAGUCUGGCACGGAACCGAGGCUACAGAUGCUUCGACGCUGGAUUAAUUAAUCUUAAAAUCCUAGUCCAAUUACCAUGCAGACAGGAGAAGAAAUCCCUCCGUGUUCACCGCCGAGCUACUGAAGACGCGAGGCGCCGUGAAUGACAGCAGGACUGGAGAUGCGAGCGUUGCUCUCGUGGGCUCUGUCUUCAGGGCGAGAUAGCUAGACUUUUCUAAUCUUGUCUGUAAGCCGCUUGUUUCUCUUCCACCAAAGAGCUGCGAGUGGGAUUUCCUUCGUCAGAUUAGACUUUUCUCCAGCUCGCUUCUUAUCAUGGAGAUGCACACGGACGUCUUGCUGGUGACCGCAAACGUUGGAUCUCUGUUUGACAAUGUGGGUGAGAUUGAAGGAGACUGGCUGCGGGAGUUCUUCACGACGGUGCACAUGUAUAAGCCACGCUUCGUCGCCCUGCACUUUCAGGAAGUUGGUGGAAAGGACUAUAUGAUGAACAUGGGCCACGCAGAGAACUUCUUCUGUUCCAUAGAGUCCAGCUCAGAGAUGGCCGACUUCGACAGAGUCUGUGUAUAUGUAGACAGUCAUUUCAAGGCUGUUGACAGUUUCACGGCUCUGGGAAGCAUGUAUUUCAUCCACAAGUCACUGAAAAAUAUCCAACAAUAUGACUUCAAUGUGAAUGAGUUUAAAGCCGUUUCAGGCCAUAACAAGUAUGUGGGUUCGCUGGAAGGAGUGACUUCCAUGGAAAAAGAGAAGUUCCCCAAGAACUUUUGGCCUGAUUUCAAGUGGUCCAGAAAAGGCUACAUGAGGACACGAUGGCUCAUUCACAACCAGGGUUUAGACCUGGUGAACGUUCACCUGUUUCACGACGCCUCCAACCUCAUAGCCUGCAACUCUAGUCCGUCAGUGUAUUCUGCAAACCGCAAGAAAGCGCUCAGAUACGUCAUCAACAGGAUAUCAGAAAGCAGCUACAGUCCUCUCCCCUUCUUUCUGUUUGGGGAUUUCAAUUUCCGCCUGGACACACUCAGUCUAGUACAGAACCUCUCCAUGUCGGCUGAGAUCCAGAAGGUAAAAAAAGACAGCAGCAACGAGGUCGAAAAAAUCAUCUAUGAAGAGAAAGACAAUGACCAUAAGGUCCUCCUUCACAAAAAAGACAAAAAUAUAUUCUCACACUCACAACACCCCUCCAAACAGUAUAUCAAUAACAAUGAGUCUGUGCUUCUGUAUUUUUUUGUCUUUCAGCUGCUGAAGUACGAUAAGGAGACCUCGGCAUUCCACGACGUCAUCACAGAAGAGGAGAUCCACUUUCCUCCCAGUUAUCCGUACAGUGAAGACUACACUAAACCUACACAGUACAUGAACACGCGAUGCCCCGCAUGGUGUGACCGCAUCCUAAUGUCCCACAGCGCCAGAGACAUCAUCCACCGGAGGGAGGAGGAUGAGAAUGGUGUUGUUUAUGACACAUUGGGCUCCAACAUCUGCAUGGGAGACCACAAGCCGGUUUUCCUGUUUUUUCCGAUGAAGACAAUCACACAUUGACACACAAUACUGGUAGAGUCAAAGGGGCUUCCUGUGUUGUUGACCUGUAUCUAGAGGUUACUCUGUGGACAUCUCUGCUGAUCACAACAAGUACACACACACACACACACACACACCAAGACAUGACCAGACUUUUACAACACCCACCGCACAGGACUGCCAAACUCAAGUGGGCACAAAACACAGGAACUGUUUAUUUCUGAAAGCUGUGUUCUCUGGUUUCACAAUAUACAUUUAACAAAGACUUCAAAUAUGUUCAGUGUGACUUCAGAAAUACCUGAACAAAGAAAAACAGGACACAAUCAAGAAAGACCGAGAGAAAGAACACAAAGGCACUUCUCAAAGCUCUCAACUCCUCACUUUUAGGGUAACACUUUGCAUAGAGUAC